UUGGACCUUGAGGUCCCUUUCUCUGAUGAUGCUUUGCUCUCGAGAAAUAUAUCUGCGGUUGACGGAACUUACUGCUCCUCGCCGCCAGACGAACUAAAACUGGUGUUUCUUUUACAAUGCAUCUCUCUCAAUCUCCCGCAACCCCGCCGCACACCGUGUUGACGUGCUUGCACUCCGCGAGCGGCGGGUCGUUGCUCUCAUGUAUUUUUUCUUGGUUUAGACGCGCUGCGUCGUGCUCUGCUCUUGUUUUUGGCCUUGUCUGUCCCCGAGGCCCUUUCCAUCCCGCCCUCUCCCGCAGCCUGCACCACCGUCCCUUUUCCCCGCUGGCAUUCACCGCACGCGCGCUCACCGCCUCCCCGCGGCUUGCCCGGUUGGCCGCGAGCCCCCGUGCGGUGUCACGCAGAUGGACGCAAUUGGCGCGCUUUGGUGCCGGCGCUGCGGCAAUGGCCGGACAUACUGGGUAUAAUCGCUCUAUUUCGCGCCGUCUCUUCCGCGGCUGCCAUCCCCGUCUGCCCUUCUUCGGAUGCAUCUUCGGACCCGGCUGUUGGCUUGCGGUGGACCCGCGAUGCAAGAUGUGCUGCUGAUUGGUAACGAGCGUUGGUUUCCUUCCCUCCUGUGCUUUUCCCCUCUUCUUCUUUCUUGGACGGAUGGAAGAGGGGUUGUUUCGAAGUGCAGUCGAGCUGGGAGGCGACACGUGUGCGCUUGUGUGCGCUGGUUUUGAAGUGGUCCCCGUCCUCUGGAUGUGGGGUUGGUUAUCACUGUUUCCCUACUUUGGUUGCCCUUUUGCGCCGCUUGUGUUGAUCCCGUGCUUUUGCCGGGGCUGUUUGUACCCCUGGUGGGUGAGGAGGAAGAGGUGGUGGAAUGAAGGUGGAACGGCUGGUAUGGUGGGCGUGUA